GAACUCACUCCGGGAAAGUGAUCAGCGGCCACCGGAAAAUCAUCCCACCCUCACACAGACAGACACCCUCACAGAUACCCACACACACAGCCUCACAAACACCCACACACGGCCCCACAAACACUCCCACCAGCUUCCUGAUAAAGCCGCGGGCCUCCAGCGCCGGCACUAGGCCCUGAGCCUCGGUGUCGCGGUGAUGGCAGAAGCGGUUCUGUUCGAGUUGCUGCACCUGGAGAUGGUGGCGCAGGUUUACAAAGAGGCCGAGAGCGGAGACACGGAGCAUGGAAAAUCCAUUUCCACGUUGGAAGGGAUGGGUUUUCGGGCAGGACAAGGUUUAAUUGAGAGAUUCACCAAAGAGACACCAUCCUUCAAAGAUGAGCUGGACAUAAUGAAAUUUAUCUGUAAGGAAUUCUGGACCAACCUCUUCAGGAAACAGAUUGACAAUCUGCGAACAAACCACCAGGGAACCUAUGUACUUCAGGACAAUCGUUUUCGGCUCCUUACUCCAGUCUCUAAUGGGAAACAAUACUUGGAGGAAGCACCAAAGUUCCUAGCAUUCACCUGUGGGCUUGUAAGAGGAGCUUUAUCCAACCUGGGCAUUGACAGCACAGUCACCGCGGAAGUUUCAGUAAUGCCAGCAUCAGAUGCAUCUCAGACAAGCUGGUUCCCCCAGCUCGACACCAGCUUCUGAAGGAGAUGGCGAAACGGGUAACCUUUGGCCUGAUGUUGCCAGCAGAGCCUGCAUUCCAUGGAUGAAGAAAGUAAAAGCACAUUAAGCCUUCAUUUGUUGAAAGGUUUUAAAUUUGUACCAGAGAGAGAGCUUCUUGCAGACUGUUUGGAGUGCAUUGAAGACUUAAAAGUUGUGGUAAGUGUCAGGCUCCAUCCAGAGGUCUGAUGGAUCUCUGAGGCAGGAGAAGGGAAGGCAUCUCAGGUUAUGAUGGGAAUGCCUGGACAACAGAAUAUUUCCAAACACGAUAACAGUGGUAAUCCAAUAAUGUUUCAUUGGCUGUGAUCAUAUCGAUUAUAAACAAUUUUUAGCAUGUGACAUAAGCAAGUUCUAUAUUAAUAAUGUCAAUUAAGCAUUAAGUGAAAUGUUUAAAAUUUAACUGUAAUUUAUUAAGCCCAAUUAUUAUUGGGUGUGGAGGAGAUGGUGGUUGGAUGGAAAAUUGGAAACCCUUAGAUACCUUUCUCCCAGACCCAAAUGAACUUAUGUUUUAGAAGGAAAUAAUUUAACUGGGCUUUCUUCACUUAUCAAGGAGUGAAUUUAUUAAUCACUAGACAUGAGAUGAAAUACAAAUAAUGCAAAAACGUACAGAUUAAAAAUACGAGGUAGGUCCAAAAAGAUCAAAAUUAAAGAGGGGUUAUACAGCUCAGUCUCUGAAUCGUUUAUGCCAGUUGCAUGUUAUAGUAUAUGUCACCAGUAGCAUUGACUGCAGUAGCUGAACAGACAUUUUCAGAAAUCCCAGAUCUCCCAUUGUGUUUCAGUGCUGAGGAAGGGUGGGAAGGAUCGGGGUUCAUGGGGGCUGGGGGAUGCUGGGGGAAUUAGAAAUAUUGUCAAAAUGAGAGCAGAAUGUUCAGAGGAAUAGAAUGGGAACUGUCAAUUUUGAAAUGACCACAGCCAAUAAGAGGUAUACUGAAGGGGUUAAAGGGUGAACCUAGCUCUGACACAUGCUCUGGGUUUGCUGACAGGUUUGGGAUAAUUUGGGAAUUAACAUGAUACUUUGGUAUAGAGCUGGAAAUUUAAUAAAGUUUCUGUAAAAGCUGCACCUCCACUGAAAUCGGGGUCAUCUAGGGAUCACAGGAUGAAAUUGUUUUGCAAUUGUUCUGUUCUAAUCUUUUAAAAAAGCCUCUAAAAGGGAAUGGAGUCAUUGUAAAGAAAUAUUGAACAUGGAUUGCUGGUUCAGUUCAUAUAGACAUGAUGUCAUGCAGAAGAGAGAAUUCACCUCCCUUAUUUAUACAAACCCUAUUCGGUUACAGUUGCUGAGUAAUUGUUAUAUAUUAAUAGCUUAAGAAUGGUAGCUAUAUUGGUAUUCACUAAUAGUGUGUAAUCAUUGUUUUUGUAGCAAAACAAAAUAAUAGCAUCAGGUUAACUUGUUCUGACCAGACCCUGGGUGAGAUUCUCCACUUUGUUUUCGUUCUGGAUAGGAUACUCCAAGCCCCCAGGUGAGGAGGGUUGGAUUCGCUCCUCCUCUUUAUUCACCCAUGUCCUUGAAAGGUUGCAGUAAGGUUAAUUUGAAAAGGUCCCUUCCCUUGUAAAUACCUUUCCCCCAGACCCAAAUGAACUUAGAUUUUAAAAGGAAUCAAUUGAACCAGGCUUUCUUCAAUGAUCAAAGUGUGAACUUAUUAAUUACUACACGAAAGAUGAAAUACUCCAAAAAGAUAAAAAUUAAAGAUGAUUUAAACAGAUCAGGCUCUGAAUUGUUCAUGCUAGAUGAAUGUUAUAGUAUGUUACCAGUAGGAUUGACUUCAAUAGUUGAACAGUCUGUUUCAUGGCCCUUAGUUUUGCAAGUUGAAAUUCAGUUGUUCUGAUUCCUUUUGACUGUGAUUGCAUUCUAUCAUUACAGUGUGAUAGAGUUCUUCUGUUGCCUUGUUUCCUUUCAUCCUUUCAUUAAUGAGCUGACACCUAGCACUCCAAGUCAGAGUCUAUUUACUUACACACAGAGAUGACUAGGAGAUCUUCUUUGAUGGUGACCUUCACAGCACAGUAAUGCUGGAUUAUAUGAGGAAGUUCAGUUCCACUAGCACCCUCCAGCAGAGUUGAAACAGGCUUUUCAACCUCUGUCCUUGUGUAUUCUGUAAAGAUAAAAGCAUAAAAUGUGUCUGCAGUUUGGGACAUAAUCCGCAGGGAAUGGCUUGAUGUGAAGCAGAGGUUGGUCAGACCCUCAUUCUCUUUAUAGUCACAAAAGAUCAUAAUCCAGUCAGUUCUGACUUGCCUCUCUGCCUCCAUUAAUCUCUCUCUCUGUCUUUCUAUCUCUCUCUCUCUUUCUCUCUCUCUCUCUCUCUCUCUCUUUAGUCAACCACUUAAUUUACAUCCACACUUAGUUUUGGCUGUAUCAGCCAUCUUAGAAAAAGCACACUUUGGAAUGUGAAGGUAAAAAAAAGUCUGCAGUACUUUGAAGUUCUGACUCAUGGCUAUGACAUUUUUAGUGUGCAUAAUAUUUGGCAGUAACAUCAAUAGUAACAUUAAAAUACGGGAACAGUGGUCGAAGUAAAUGUUGCAAUAUUGUCACAAAGAGGAUGGUCAAAUGAAAGGAAAUCCCUGAUAAUCACUUUAUAAGCAACAAGUAACAAAUUAUUUAUCUAACUCUAACAGUGAACAAAUUAACAGAACUACUAAUAAGUCAAAGAAUUCCCCCUCAACUGUUAACUAUUACCAAAUAAAACAAAAUUUGAAUGGCAUACUGUUCCAGUAAAUACAAGUCUCACCUGUAUAAACCAAUGUAAUAAGAAAAAAAAAUAAACUUUGUUUCUCAAAAUUGCA